AGGCGGACUCUCAACCACUGCGCCACCAGGGAAGCCCAAGGGUCUUAUUACUAAAUGACUUAUCUUUGACAUUAAUAAUCUUGUAUCUGGGACUUCAGUGUCUUAAAGAUCAGAGGAUUGAAUGAAAUAGAAAUGAAUAUAUCUGUUUAUGUCAUUUUUUUGUAUUUAACUCCCUAUAUUAGUGUUAGUCUGUGGCAAAUUAGUGCUUAGGAAUAAUUAAAAUUUUACUUAAUCAUUGGUAGCACUAUUCUGUGUUACCAUCUAAGUAAUAUUAGCUAUGAAACUCCAAUUCACCUCUCAACCUAAUUCAUCAAACUUCAGUUUAUAGUUCUCAAGACUUUCAGAAAGGUAUCAAAUUUCCUUUGAAACAGCAUUCUGGGGGAAUUUGAAGUUCAGGUUACUUGACUAAUUGAGGCAACUGAAAAUGAUCUGUUUCCUUACAGUUCUUCAUAUUUACUUGAAUGUUAAUAAAUCUUUGAAAGGCACUAGGAACUUUGGACUCAUUCAUGAUUUAUUUUGAAUCAUUGAAAUAUCAUCAGUUUUCUGCUUGUUUGGAAUAAAAAGCUAAUUUGACAAUGCCACAAGAUUUCAGAUUCGCCCAGGACAAAUACAUGACUGACUUCUUCAGUGCUUAGAGUCUGAGAAAAAAUGGCAAAUAUGGAUAGUGAUUCUAGCCAUCUUCUCAUCCCUGAGGUAGAUAAUGAAAUAAAUCCUGGACCUAUGAAUAUCCAGUUUGAUUCAUCAGAUAUAAGAUCCAAAAGGCCUUUCUAUAUAGAGCCCACAAACAUCGUCAGUGUGAAUGAUGUCAUUCAGAGGGUUAGUGACCAUGCCUCUGCAAUGAACAAGAGGAUUCAUUACUACAGCCGGCUCACUGCUCCUGCAGACAAGGCACUGGUUGCCCCAGAUCAUGUAGUUCCAGCUCCAGAAGAGUGCUAUGUGUAUAGUCCAUUAGGUUCUGCUUAUAAACUUCAAAGUUGCACUGAAGGAUAUGGUAAAAACACCAGUUUAGUAACCAUUUUUAUGAUUUGGAAUACCAUGAUGGGAACAUCUAUACUAAGUAUUCCUUGGGGCAUAAAACAGGCUGGGUUUACUACUGGAAUGUGUGUCAUCAUGCUGAUGGGCCUUUUAACACUUUAUUGCUGCUACAGAGUGGUGAAAUCACGAACUAUCAUAUCAUCAGUGGAUACCACUACCUGGGAAUAUCCAGAUGUCUGCAGAUAUUAUUUUGGCUCCUUUGGGCAGUGGUCAAGUCUCCUUUGCUCCUUGGUGUCUCUUAUUGGAGCAAUGAUAGUGUAUUGGGUGCUUAUGUCUAAUUUUCUUUUUAAUACUGGAAAGUUUAUUUUUAACUUUAUUCAUCACAUUAAUGACACAGAUGCAAUACUGAGCACCAACGAUAGCAACCUUGUGAUUUGUCCAAGCGCCAGGAGUGAUGACCAUCCUGACAAUGGCUCUAUGAUUUUCUACACCAAUGACUCGGGACUCCAGCAGUUUGAAAAGUGGUGGAAUAAGUCCAAGACAGUGCCCUUUUACCUCAUGGGGCUCCUCCUGCCACUGCUUAAUUUCAAAUCUCCUUCAUUUUUUUCAAAAUUUAAUAUCCUAGGCACAGUGUCCGUUCUCUACUUGAUUUUUCUUGUCACCUUGAAGGCUAUUCACUUGGGAUUUCAUUUGGAGUUUCAUUGGUUUACGCCAACAGAAUUUUUUGUCCCAGAGAUAAGAUUUCAGUUUCCACAGCUGACUGGGGUGCUUACCCUUGCUUUCUUUAUUCAUAAUUGUAUUAUCACCCUCUUGAAGAACAACAAGAACCAAGAAAACAAUGUGAGGGACUUGUCCAUUGCUUAUAUACUGGUGACAUUAACUUAUUUCUAUAUUGGAGUCCUGGUUUUUGCUUCAUUUCCUUCACCACCAUUAUCCAAAGAUUGUAUAGAGCAGAAUUUUUUAGACAACUUCCCUAGCAGUGACAUCCUGUCCUUCAUUGCAAGGAUAUUCCUGCUGUUCCAGAUGAUGACUGUAUAUCCACUCCUAGGCUACUUGGCUCGUGUCCAGCUGUUGGGCCAUAUCUUCGGUGACGUUUAUCCUAGCAUUUUCCACGUGUUGAUUCUUAAUCUAGUUAUUGUGGGAGCUGGCGUGCUCAUGGCCUGUUUCUACCCAAACAUAGGAGGAAUCAUAAGAUAUUCAGGAGCAGCAUGUGGCCUGGCCUUUGUAUUCAUAUAUCCAUCUCUCAUCUAUAUAAUUUCCCUCUACCAAGAAGAGCGUCUAACAUGGCCUAAGUUAAUCUCUCACAUUUUCAUCAUUAUUUUGGGCCUGGCUAACCUAAUUGUUCAGUUUUUUAUGUGAAAUAGUCAACUGUCUUCUCCAGAUCUUUCAUGGUGUUUUGAACUCUGACAACAGUUCCACAUAAACUCACUUGUAAAUGCUGUUGUUGCUGUAAUUAUUAAUGUUUUCCUAAGGUAAUUUGAAACCAAGGGAAAUAGUGGUCCAUUAAUAAGUAAUUCGUGUUAGAAUGGGGAAAAGGGCAGUAAGAGUGGUCUUAAUCUCUUUACCAUUUUCAUAUUCACUCAUCUCUUCAUUCUCACUGUCUUUUCUGAGUAGAAAUGUAUGCCCCUAGGAAAAAUCAUGCUGGGUUUUGCUUUUAGAGAUGUAGGGUAGGUGUGUUUAUUCUGGCUACAAUAAUGAUUCUCAGAGUGUCAGAGCAACUAUGUUGCCAGAUCCCAUUUCUGUUUUAUGUUUCAGUUAUUCACUUUUAUUUUAUCACUUGCUAUAUCAUUUCUGCAGUUUGCCCAAACCUUCACUGUUUUAGACAGUAAACCAAAUACCUCAUUCUAAAAAAGAAGUGUCCAUGACAUCAGUGUUAGUAGAGUGAAUUCUUACGUGAGCCCUUAAUCUCUGUUUUAAAAAAGAAAGAAGGAAAAAAAAAAAAAAGCAAUGUCAGAACAGGCCCCAUGGUCAUGAAACUUAUGUAAAAUAAAGGAACUAGGAGAGAAUUUGUUGCUAUCUGACUCCUCUUUUGUUUCUAAUCCAGUUCCAGUUCCCCAAGCCACAUUUUGCACAGGAACAAGUAUUGUCCUCAUAGACCCAGGGGGCUCUUUGGCUUUUUGGACCUCUGAGGAUUGCAUAGGAUGUGAUGACAGGACCAGUGGGGAAGAAUAUAGGAAGCAUGGAAGAGAGGGAUAUAUGAGGUGUUAAGGGAAUAGAGAGGGGCCAGAAAGAGUGAGGCCUCCUUAAAAGUGUAUUCUCUGCUGAGGGUGAAAGUGAUUUCUUCAACACAGGAAAGGAUGACUUCUGUUCAAAGUAUGACCUCCAGAAGGAGACCCCCUCAACUUAACUUCUGUAACUGUCAGGGUAGCGGUUAAAUCCCCAAAAGAAAAACUACUUGGAUCUGAGAAAAGGAUUAGGGAAUCUGAAUUCUUUGAUUAACACUCUCUUCUUUUUCUUUCAAACUAAAAGCUAAACCAAAAUCUAAAUCCAUGUCUUUCAUGUAAUAUAGCCUCCAUGUUCAGCUGGAAAAGUUAGAUUUCUCUAAUUUUAUGGUAACAUUAAACAGUGUAUUGUGUUAAUACACAUCCCAAGAUAAUGUGUAGAUUUGUGUGAUUUUCCUUCCUUUGAGAAAGACAGGUGAAAUGGUUUUUUAAACCUGGUAAAGAGCCCCAGAUUCAAGACCAGCCAUUCUUCUUUUUAGCAGAGCUUUCUAUCUAGUCCAUAGACCCAUACCCAUACUGAUGAACUAUAUUGCCUAAAGCUCUUUUUUAAAAAGUCUCAUUAUGAAAAUUCUCAAGCAUACACAAAAGUAGAAAAAAAUAAUAUGAUAAAUCCCCCCAUACCCAUCCCCUACAUUUAGUAAUUAUAAGACUUUGCCACAUUUCUCACCUAUCCCCCUUUUUUUCUUUUCCACUGAAACAUUUUAAAGUCAAUCUUCAAGUUAUGUCAUUUCAUCUCUACAAACCUUAAUAUGCACUUGAACUUAGUUACGUUUAUUGAGGGAGACAGUCUCUCUGAAGUUGUUUGUUGUUGUUGUUAGCAGAAACUGCUGGUAGAAAUUAGGUAAUUAGAAAAUGCUGCGUUAUGUGUCUGGAUCCCGGUGCUAACCUCUCUUAGAACAGGAAUAUAAGGCGUGGAGAAAAUGUAUCUCUGUGCUUUUAUGACUUGAGGGUUUUGUUCAGUUAGAGACAUAGGAAUCAAAAGCCAGACCUUGAGAGAGCUUCCAGGCUUAAUCCUUGUUUAUCUCUAGUUGCCUCCCUUGUCUUUAAAAACUUCAGAGACAAAGUUGCAUUGCCUUUUUUCAAUGAUAUACUUGAAUGUUUUAACACACAGAAAAGUGAUUUGAUAUAUUUUUGUGCAUUUAAUAAUCAAAGUGAAUAUGAAAAUGAAUGCAUUAUUGAUUAAACUGAAAAGCAACGUGA